UUCAAGUUAGCUGUUCUGUCAGUUCUUUGUUCUCCAGUGGUAACGGUCGAACAUUGUCAGCGUUUUCACUUUCUUGUUUGGUCUGUCUCAUUCGUCUUUGGCAGUUACCAGUAAAGACAAGUUAUUACGUCAAUUUGUUCGAUUCUGCCGGUGUUUAUAAUUUCCAUUUAUAUAUCUUUGAUAAGAAUCAUAAAAUACAAUGGAUCAAGAUGAUUGGGGUCAGCCUAUAUGCUCUUCGAGUACACAAGAUUUAUCUAGUUUCGAAGAAAGUGGACGUAGUUAUGGAAAAGGACGUGGAUUUAUAGUACAGAAUAAUAAUAACGAUGAUUGGGACUCAAAUAACAAAAAUUUCAAUGGCAGAAGCAAUAAUGACGAUAACUUUGACAGUGAACAUAAUUGGCAAUCUCAAAGUAGCAGUAAUUUUGAAGGUGGUGGUAGAGGAGGAGGAGGUAGAGGUGGUAGAGGAGGUGGUCGAGGUAGAGGAGGAGGAAAUCGUGGUAGAGGUGGAGGAGGAGGUCGUGGUGGAUUUCGAAAUAAGGGUGAUGAUGAUGGAAACAAUGAUUAUAAAAAGUAUGAGAAUUAUGAGGAUGAUGACAACGAUCAUAACAAUAGAGGUAAUAGACGGAAAGGACCAUCUUACGGAGAAGACGGCAAUGAUGACGAAGAACCUCAGAAACCUAAAGAGAUCUAUAUUCCACCUGAUUUACCUGAUGAUGAAAAUACUUUAUUUGAAAAUGGUGUUGCAAUGGGCAUUAAUUUUGAUAAAUACGAUAAUAUUGAAGUUAAAGUUAGCGGAGAAAAUGUACCUCCUCCAAUAGACAGUUUUGAAUCCGCUGGGCUGAGAAAUAUUAUUUUAGAAAAUAUAAGAAAAUCAGGAUAUACAAGACCUACUCCAGUUCAAAAACAUGCUUUACCCAUCAUAAUGAGUGGUCGUGAUUUAAUGGCGUGUGCACAAACAGGUUCAGGAAAAACUGCUGCAUUUGCAGUGCCCAUUAUAAACACAUUAUUAGAAAAGCCCACUGAUUUAGUUGUGACUGGGUCACAUUGUGAACCACAAGUGAUCAUAGUAUCGCCUACUCGUGAGCUUACUAUUCAAAUAUGGCAACAAAUUGUUAAAUUUGCAUUGAAGUCAAUUAUAAAAACUGUAGUUGCAUAUGGUGGAACAUCUGUUAUUCAUCAAGGAGGAAAACUUUCUGCAGGUUGUCAUAUACUCGUAGCCACACCUGGCAGGCUAAUAGAUUUCCUGGACAGGGGCAGAAUAAAAUUCAAUUCUGUUCGAUUUCUUGUAUUAGAUGAAGCAGAUCGUAUGUUAGAUAUGGGAUUUUUACCUUGCAUCGAAAAAAUUGUAGAUCACGAAACUAUGGUUCCUCUCGAAGAAAGACAAACGUUAAUGUUUUCUGCUACUUUCCCAGAUGAAGUGCAACAUUUAGCAAGAAGAUUUCUGAAUAAUUAUUUAUUCCUCGCAGUCGGUAUUGUGGGUGGUGCAUGUUCAGACGUAGAACAAAACUUUUAUGAAGUUCCCAAAAAUAAAAAGAAAGAUAUGCUUCGAGAGGUUUUAGAAAGAGAAAAUGAUGCAGGUACAUUGAGUGGUACUUUGGUGUUUGUUGAAAUGAAAAGGAAAGCAGAUUUUAUUGCUGCAUUUUUAUCUGAAAAUAAUUAUCCUACUACCAGUAUUCACGGCGACAGAUUACAAAGGCAAAGAGAAGAAGCAUUAGCUGAUUUCAAAAGCGGAAGAAUGUCUAUCUUAGUAGCUACGGCUGUUGCUGCCAGAGGUUUAGACAUAAAAAAUGUAUCUCAUGUUAUAAACUAUGACAUGCCAAAAGGAAUUGACGAGUAUGUUCAUCGAAUUGGAAGGACAGGUCGUGUCGGAAAUCGAGGAAGAGCAACUUCUUUCUUUGAUCCAGAGGAUGAUGCACCAUUACGAGGCGACCUUGUCAGAAUAUUGAAACAAGCAGGUCAACCUGUUCCAGACUGGCUAACUUGCGGAAAUGCUAGUAGAAACUUCAUGCCUGGUAGAGGAGACAAAUUCGGUGGACAAGACAUUCGAGGUUUUCAAGAAGAAGCAACGGGAGAACCAUAUGGUGAAGAAGCAUUUGUCCCUGCAGUGUCAGCUGAACCAGACGAAGCAUGGUAGAAAACUUUGUUCCUUCAGUUUUUUUAUAUCGUUUUAUUAAAAAAUGGUAAUAAGCUUUGUUUCUUUUCGUACUAAGUCAGAGGUACUGAAUCGUUUCAUUAAAUUUUCUUAUAUUUAACGUUGAUGUAUGAUAUCGAAAUCCAUGGAAGUUGACCUAUUAUUUUUUUAGUCGAUUUUUUUUUUGUUGAUUACACAAUACGCGUUUAAGCGAAACGUAGACUGUAUCACCGUACCUCUUUAGAUAUAAGUUUAAACACGUAAGAUAACAAUGUUACCGUCGUUGGUGAGAACACAUUAACUUUAAGACAUGACAAAUAAUUUGUGAAAACCGUUCCACUUGUAUCCGAAGAUACAGGUCGCUGUACUUUAUCGAUCGUACAAACGUUAGUUUUUAAGAAGAAAGUUAAAAAAUCGAGAUAAAGUCGAAAAUACCGUAUUUUAUUUUAUAAAUAAACUUUAUUUUAUACGUUUCAUUUUAUAAUAAAAUGCUA